UUUCUGUAAUUUAGUAUCAUAAUAAUUGUCUAUGGCAUACAGCUAGUUGAGUUACACAAACACGUAUACAGUUUUCAGUUUUACCUCGACCUCUUAUAUUAUGUAGACGUCUGCAUCGUCGUGGCUGUUCCAGUGAACAUACAUAGUGCUUUGAAAAACCGUUCAUUUAUGGAAGGCAUAAUUGUUGUCCAUGGAGUACUUUAAAAUUGGCGAAAUGUGUGUACAACAGUGUAAUGUUACAGUGAGCAAUGGUGUAAUUAUAUCAAAUUACAAUAUGAUGUUGAACGAGACAGGCAAUUAAAUAUAUAUCAGCUGGCCACUUGAUACCACCAAUACGAUGGAUCCAUCAAUGUUUUUGCAAUAUUCUCCGCCCACGGGGCUACCCCAGGAGUCGAAGUUGGCUACCUAUAUGAGCCGUUCCACAUCAACACCAACCAGGUCACUGAACCAGGCUAUGAGUAAUCUCAGUAUGGAGUCAUCACCGACUGCUAUUAAAAAAACGAUAAUCACACACCCUCCACCCCCGAUGCCUCAGCCGAUGCCACAGCCACCGCCAAUGAUGACGCAUUUGCCUCAUCCCCAGUUCUCUCCCGGGACGCCGCUGCAGGCGAUUCUCGCGCAUGCACCACCCCCGCAGAUGCUGAUCGGCGAGUUCGUGCCGAUCAAUUACUUCAACCCACCACCGAUGCCCUUGCCUCCGGAGUCUCCGCAGAGCUCCCCGCCGAACCCGAUGGUCAUGCCGCCCAUCAACACGCAAGUGCACCAGGAGAAUGUCGGUGGAACCACUUACUUCUAUUCCACGAACCCCGACAGCAUGAACGCUCCGGGACUCAACGUGCCCCCUCUCAAUCCACCCGUUGGCAUGGUGCCGGAGGGGUGCAUCGGGGUGCCGUCGGCGUACGCGUCCCAGAUGUACGCAGGCGUUCCUGCGCACUUGCCUCCGAUGCCCGCGCAAAACAAGCCAGGUCUUGCCGCUACAUUCUACACGCCCGAGACCAUCCGGUCGGAAAUCUAUCAAAGAAAUGAAGACGUGUUCCUGCAGCCGGACAUACAGCUGCCCGAGACGGUGGAGAUGUACGCGGAGCUGACCCCGCUGGAGGGGAGCAACGCGCACUCGCUGGCCACGUCCUACCGCGCCACGCACCGCGUGAGCGGCGAGCACUACGCGCUGCGGCGCCUGCACGCGUGCGCCGCGCCGCCCGCGCUGCUCAACCGCAUCGAGGCGUGGAGGAAUGUCGACCAUCCCAACGUGGUCAGGCUGCACCACUGCUUCACGACCAAGGACUUCGGGGACCACUCCGUGGUGCUCGUGUACGACUAUCACCCCGCGUGCAUGACUCUGAUGACCAAGUACUUGGCGACCGGAGCGCCCGGUGGAGUGACCGAUGGCAACGGAGCCUUCCAUGACCCGUUCUCCUCAGACCCGGAUGCGCCAAGGCCGUACACGCACCAGAAGAAUGCGAUGCUUCGCGCCGUGGCGUGCGGCGCUCUGCUGCCCGAGGCGGUGCUGUGGAGCCUGCUGGUGCAGCUCACCGCCGGCCUGCGGGCGAUACACACGGCCGGCCUGGCUUGCAGGAGCCUCGACGCCACUAAGGUGGUGAUGAACGGUUGUCGCAUCCGCAUCGCCUGGGGCGGGAUAGCCGACGUGAUCCACAACAGCAACGUGGACAUCACUCAGGCUCAGCAAGAAGACAUGACUGCCCUCGGCCGGCUCGCGCUGGGGAUGGCGUGCCGCACCGUGCACUGCGACAACCUGAACGCCUGCAUGGAUCUGGUGGCGCGCUCCUACUCUGCGGAUCUGAAGAACCUGAUAUUAUACCUGCUGUCGGCCACGACGCGACGCUCUGUCACGGAUCUGAUGCCGAUGAUAGGUGCGCGAUUUUAUACGCAGUUUUUUCGAGGAAGUGGAGGCCCUCGAGAGGCGCGCAGACGCUUUCGAGGAGCAAUUGGCCCGCGAGAUCGACAAUGGUCGCCUUUUGCGCAUCCUUAUCAAGAUGGGCGUGGUCAACGAGCGGCCCGACAGGCUGAACUUGGACGCGAGCUGGUCGGAGACAGGGGACCGGUACAUGCUGAAACUUUUCCGGGACUACCUGUUCCAUUCGGUGACGGCGGAUGGUCGCCCUUGGCUCGACCAGGCCCAUCUCGCCAGCGCCCUCAACAGCCUCGAUGGGGGCUCGCUCGCCAAGGUCGAGCUCAUGUCCCGCGACGAGCAGAGCGUUCUAGUAGUCUCCUAUUCGGAGCUGAAGCACUGCCUCGAAGCCGCUUUCGAGGAGGUGAUGCAAGCGGCUGGAGCAGCUCCCUAGCCCACGGCCACCGGCUUGUUGCCGGCCUAGCUUUUUUACCCAGCCCCGUACAGAGUGCAAUGCUGUUGUCUAUGCAUGUGCUUAACGGGGUAAACUGGGCACCACCCAACUACGACGAAAGCCCCUUCCUGCCGCCCAUAGACGAGCUCUCCUUAUUAAAUAUAUCGUAAAUAUCGUAUCGCUGUCUCAAUUAGCGCUUCGGCGUAUUCAAUGUCUCAAUGUCUCAAUGUCUAUUACAUAAUCGUACUCAUAUAAUUAUUAACCAUACUAUUAAGAGCUGCGUGUAACACUCCGGGGGCGGAAGUGAAAGGUCGGUCGUAUCUGGUUGUGCUCGGAGGGUGAGCAAAGUAACUAACAAACAGACUCUGUGAAGUGCGAGGACGAAGAGGGCGAGGACUGUUCAUACUAGCAAUAGACUGUAAGCAUCCGGCGCCCGGCACCGUCCGGUUAGGAAUACGAAAUUAAAAUGUAACUGUGUUGUAACGCGAUCUCAUUUAUAAACGCGAACUUGGCCGCGAUCUGCAAUUGAGUUUAUGUUUAUGUCGCCCGUUUAAAGCUUUAAGUGUUCGAGUAUAGUUUAUCGAUAUAUCCUACUGAGUAGCCGCCUGAAGAAACACCGCAAACAUGAAACAUUCCAAAAUGACCCAAACCAGUCGCGUGCGUCGCGCAUGUCGCGGAGACGCUCACUACUCGCUGCUAAUUGCUAAAUGGCGUUUUUCAAGUCGCUACAGGAGGUAGUCCAGGAAUUGUAUGUUAGGAUGUAUCACGUAGGAACAAUACAUAAUAUCUCAAUGUUUUAAUGUUAGUCGAUUCUUGAUGCCGACGACUCUCGUCGCUCGUCGAGUGCGAGAGUUCACAUGUGUCACUUCAGUGUUUCACUGAAGGUUAAAUGAAAUGUAUGAAAUGUGCAUUCGAUGUCCAAUUCAAGUUAAAUACUCGGUGUUAUCUUUACGUAUAUAAUAAUCAUCAAUGUUUUAACUAUUUAAUGCGAUGUAAGUGUAAACAUUCUCAUUCUACAAUAUAUUAUACUAGAUGGAUGUCAUUUAUGUUUAUUUUGAAAUGUAAUAGUACCGAUAACAAUACUAUCCGUAUCCGAUUGCCGAUCCAGUUAGAGACGAUCGCUCUGAUGUUUAUUUGAAAUUUUAAAAAUAUUAUUUUAUAAUAAUUUUAAGUGUAUAUUUUAUUCUAAUAAAUAAAGUAUUAAAUAA